CAUGGCUGGAAUUCUAGAACAAUACUUAUGCGGUUUAGCUGGAAUUCUAGAAAAUACAUAUCUCGAUUUUUGUUGUUAUUUAAUAAUUUUAAAAUGCACAAACUUCGAGAGGGAUCAGCUACCAUGAUCAAUCAGAGGAUGUUUUUUUGCUGAUUAAAAAUUGUGGUCACUGUACUGCAACAAGAAGAAGAACAACAACCUUGCAGACCAUUCUGGGAAACAGCUAUGGAGGUGGCUUCGUUAACACAGAGGCCACUCAGUUGCAGAACAGUGUUUAAUAAGAGGGGCUACGUCAACCUCAAACCGUUUCUGGGGUUCUUUCCUCAUGGAAGAAUCACUCACUUUUCACAGUCUUGUUCGUGGCCGAAAGAGUGCCAUGGAGUUGGGGUUUCAUCUCAAAUUACUGCUAGUGCAGAUUUUUCAAGGAGGAGGCCAAAGAAAAUAUCAAGUGCAAGGCCUAAAACCCCUGCUGCUCCAGAGGGAGUCAUGCCAACAACGCCAGUAGGAACGAGCACUCAGAAGAGGGAUCAAAGAGAUAGUGAAGAGAAAGAGGUCUCAAUUGCUCCAACAUCCAGCGAGCAUGUUGCCAACAGGAGUACGCUUGAAAUGAGAGUUGAUGCUGAUGAAGAGGUGCCUCUUGAAGAUUCUCGAGAGGAUAGGGUGGAGGAAGAAAGAUUGGAUGAAAGUAUUGGGGAAGCCAAUGAAAUAUCAUCAGCAGAUAAAUCACCAGCUAUAGCGCUGAAAAAUCAAGUGGUGAAAAAUGGAAGUAUAUCUAGAGUUGAUGAGGAUAUGGCAGAGUUAGGGAAGACAGAAACAGGUUUAAAGAGUGAUUUUCAGAACAUUUCUGAUGGAAUGGCUUUGGAAGAAAGAGACUUGGAUGUUCCCAAGAGUGAUGUCACAAGAAAAGAUAAACAUGAAACUGAUGAAAAGAUCAAAGAAGCUUCUCUAAAAUUGAGGUUGCAGAUGGAAGAAAAUUUGCGGAAGGAGAAAAUUGAGAUGCUCGGCGAUGAAAACUUCUUAAAAGGGAAUAAACUCUUUGUUUUUCCGCCACUGGUGAAACCUAAUCAAGAUAUUGAAGUUUUCCUUAAUAGAAGCCUCUCCACUUUAAAUAAUGAGCCUGAUGUUCUGAUAAUGGGAGCCUUUAAUGACUGGAGAUGGAAAUCGUUUACUAUGAGGUUGAGCAAAACACAUCUUAAUGGGGAUUGGUGGUCUUGCCAAGUUCUUGUUCCCAAGGAAGCAUACAAGAUCGACUUUGUCUUUUUCAAUGGGCAAAAUGUCUAUGACAAUAAUAAUGAAAAGGAUUUCUGCAUAAUGGUGGAAGGUGGAAUGGAUGUGCAAGAAUUUGAAGAUUUCUUGCUUGAGGAAAAACGCAAGGAACUAGAGAAACUUGCGAAGGAGCAAGCUGAAAGGGAAAGAAGAGAAGAGGAACAGAGGCAAAUAGCAGCAGAGAAAGCUGCAAGGGAAGCUGAUAGAGCACAAGCAAGGAAUAAGACUGUUAGGAUGCGGGAAGUUUUGAAAGAAUUGAUGAAGAAGGCUACAAGGUCUAUUGAUAAUGUUUGGUACAUAGAGCCUAGUGGGUUUAAAGGUGAUGAUCUGGUAAGGUUAUAUUAUAAUAAAAGCUCUGGCCCUCUUGCUCGCUCAAAGGAACUUUGGAUUCAUGGGGGGCAUAACAAUUGGAAGGGCGGAUUGUCCAUUGUUGAAAUGCUUAUCAACUCUGAAGAAAAGGAUGGCGACUGGUGGUAUGCUGAUGUUGUUGUACCUGAGCGAGCACUUGUCUUAGAUUGGGUUUUUGCUGAUGGGCCACCUCAGAAUGCCAUUGUGUAUGAUAACAACAACCGCCAAGAUUUCCAUGCUAUUGUUCCAAAACGCAUUCCCGAAGAACUGUAUUGGGCUGAGGAAGAACACCAGAUAUUUAGGAAACUCCAGGAGGAGAGAAGGUUAAGAGAAGAGGCUGUACGUGCCAAGACUGAAAGAACUGCACUUAUGAAAGCCGAAACAAAGGAAAGAACUUUGAAAAGAUUUUUGUUGUCCCAAAAGCACAUUGUCUACACUGAGCCUCUUGAUGUUCAAGCAGGAAGCGCUGCUACAGUUUUCUAUAAUCCUGCAAACACAGUUCUGAAUGGUAAAUCAGAAGUUUGGUAGGGUUCCUUUAACCGUUGGACCCACCGCAAGGGUCCAUUGCCACCACAAAGAAUGUUGCCUGCAGAUAAUGGUACUCAUAUAAAAACCACAGUCAACGUUCCACUGGAUGCAUACGUGAUGGACUUCGUAUUCUCUGAAAAGAAAGAAGGUGGAAUUUUUGACAACAAGAAUGGCAUGGAUUACCACAUACCCGUGUUUAAGGGAAUUGCCAAGGAGCCACCAAUGCACAUAGUUCAUAUUUCUGUUGAAAUGGCCCCCGUUGCAAAGGUUGGAGGUCUUGGUGAUGUUGUCACUAGUCUAUCUCGUGCUGUUCAGGAUUUGAACCACACUGUGGACAUCAUUCUUCCAAAGUAUGACUGUUUGAACCUUAGCAAUGUGAAGAACUUUCAGUAUCGCAGAAGUUAUUCCUGGGGUGGGACUGAAAUUAAAGUAUGGUUUGGGAAUGUGGAAGGCCUUUCCGUCUACUUUUUGGAGCCCCUAAAUGGAUUUUUUGGGGCAGGUUGCAUAUAUGGCUGUAGGAAUGAUGCAGAGAGGUUUGGUUUCUUCUGCCAUUCUGCUCUUGAAUUUCUACUCCAAAGCGGAUUUCAUCUCGAUAUAAUCCACUGCCAUGACUGGUCGAGUGCACCAGUUACGUGGUUGUUCAAGGACCAUUAUGUGCAUUAUGGUCUCAGUAAAGCUCGAGUUGUCUUCACAAUCCACAACCUUGAGUUUGGGGCUGGCCUCAUUGGGAAAGCCAUGGCAUACACCGACAAGGCCACAACUGUAUCCCACACUUACUCAAAGGAGGUUGCUGGAAACCCCACAGUUGCUCCUCAUCUCUACAAGUUCCAUGGUAUAUUAAAUGGAAUAGACCCUGAUAUAUGGGAUCCAUAUAAUGAUAAAUUCAUUCCUAUAUCAUACACAUCAGAAAAUGUUAUUGAAGGCAAACGAGCUGCCAAGGAAGCCUUGCAAGAAAGGCUUGGUUUGAAAAAAACUGAUCUCCCGUUAGUAGGAGUUAUAACUCGCUUAACACAUCAGAAAGGAAUUCAUCUCAUUAAGCAUGCCAUCUGGCGAACCUUAGAUCGCAAUGGACAGGUUGUAUUGCUUGGUUCAGCCCCGGAUCCUCGUAUUCAGAAUGAUUUUGUAAAUUUGGCGAAUCAACUGCACUCUGCCCAUUGUGGCCGUGCUCGCCUUUGCUUAACAUAUGACGAGCCUCUCUCCCAUUUGAUAUAUGCCGGUGCUGAUUUCAUUCUAGUCCCUUCAAUUUUUGAGCCAUGCGGACUGACCCAGCUCAUAGCAAUGAGAUAUGGUUCAAUAGCAGUUGUUCGAAAAACUGGAGGACUUCAUGACACUGUAUUUGAUGUUGACCAUGAUACUGAGAGAGCACAAGCACAAGGUCUUGAAACAAAUGGAUUCAAUUUUGAUGGAGCUGAUGCUGCUGGUGUUGAUUAUGCUCUCAAUAGGGCAAUCUCUGCUUGGUACAAUAGUCGGGAUUGGUUUAACUCAUUGUGCAAGAGAGUGAUGGAGCAAGACUGGUCUUGGAACCGGCCUGCUCUCGAGUACAUGGAGCUUUACCAUGCAGCACGCAAGUGAAACAAGAAAUUGAUUAGUCAUGGAGAGAGUGAUGCAAUUCAAUGUUCUUUCACGUUUUUGUACAGGUUUCCAUUAGAAGGUUUAUCUACUUCCACAUAAUUCAUCAUAGUCAGAAUAAUGCAAGGUGAAGCGAUGUAGAGUUAAAAAUGGUUCAUCCAUUCUUGGCGCAGAUACAACAAUAGAUUAGCUUCAUCCACCUUUGUACCGAACAGUAAUUUCUUGAUCAUUAUCAGUUCAUGCC